CCUAUUCUGUGUAGUUUGUAGAAUGGCGUUGCUGGGGAACGACGGCCGAGGCUACGAGCUGGCUCGGAAGCUGGAAAGCCACGGAGUCUGGCGGUCUUGGCUCGGCGACUCACUCUACGCCAACUUCGCCCACUUCCUCUCCUCGCCCUCUUCAUGGGAGGCCUUCAUGAGAGCUGACGAUUCCAAAUCUAGGGCUCAGAUCCAACUCCAACUCCGAGCUCGUGCUCUCCUCUUUGACAAAGCCUCUGUCUCUCUCUUCCGCCACUCUUCUUCUUCUUCUUUGUCUUCUUCAGCCGUGAUUUCGAAGCUCAAUCCAAACUAUUUGCAGUUGCAUGGCGAUGAUCUUUACUUCACUUUCGAAGAUUGUGCGCUUGAUGGAUCGCAACAGCGAGACGGUGUUGUUGCUGCUAAGACGGCGCCUUCAAAGCUCCAAUCUAAAGCCAUUAGUAUUGGAUCAAGAUAUGGUGAAAAAGAUAUGGACAACAUGGCCCAGAGAUUCAGGCAUGAAGAAUUGCCAGAAACAUGGUAUACUCAGUUUUUUGAGAAGUAUAAAGCUACCAAACCAUAUAGGUUGUCAUUUGGGGAUCGGGAAACAGACAAGCGUACACCUGAGCUGAUGUCUACUUAUCUUAGAAUCCUCGAGAAGCAUAAGAGAAGACGAAUAGCAUUUAAGGAUGAUGAAACUAAUGGUUUUGGCAAUCCCAUGUCAGAAAAUGGAUCAAACAUGCUCCGAAAUUCGGUUUUAAAUGACAAUGAUGCAAUUGAUGAUGAUACAUAUUUUUUCCCUGAAACGAUGUUUCCAUUUAAUUGUGUCCCCGAUAGUGCUCUUCCUCACAUAAACCGAGUGGAAGAAAACCACAAAGUGGAUUUUAAUGGUGUUCUUGAUAUGCUGCCUCAAAUUAUGACCAGGAACCCUAUUAUGAUUGAGAGGCUUGGUAUUAGACCAGAAUACCUGAGCAUGGAACAAGGAGGGAAUCAAUGUCGUGGAAAAAAUGGAUCUAAUGGAAACAGAAAACUUCUCAGUCAAGAGCAAGCGUCAGAGAUGUCUAGAAAAGUGAUAGCUCGUGUGCUAACAAAUGUGGGGUUUGAAGCUUCUUCAGAAGUCCCAAUGGAAGUCUUGUCUCAGUUGCUGAGUUGUCAUAUUGGUAAGCUAGGUCGUAUCUUGAAAGUCCUUUCUGAUAGUUACAGAAAACAGUGCUCAGCCAUUGAACUACUCAAGAUGUUCCUUCAAACAGCGGGGUAUAGUAAUCUUGGGGCUUUAGCAGAGCUCGUGAAGGAUAGUACGAGGAAUUCUGUGCAACAAACUCAUCAACAAAUGCAGGUUAUCCAGUCACAGAUGCAGUCACAGCAGCAGGCACCCCUUCGACAACCCCAGCAAAUACCAAGACAAAUGCGUCCACAGAUGCAGCAGAUGGUUCAUCCCCAAAAUCUGGCUUUUCAGCAACAGCAACAGUGGGAAAGAAUACGACAACGGCAACCAUCAACACCUCGCCCUGGCAUGGAUAACAUAAAACCCCUGGUGGAAGUCAAGCUUGAAAACCCGGCUGAAUUUCCAAUUGAUAGUAAUGCCUUAACUGCAAUCAAUGCCAGACAUCAUCCCCAACUGCAGUUCCGCCAACAGCAAAUUGCUGCAAUGUCAAAUUUCCAUCCUCAAUCCAGCAAUCAAUUUAGGCAAUUGGCUUCCCUUCAAAUUCCUCAAGUCCAGACACCGAGCAUGGGCACUGUUAGGGCUCCACCGGUGAAGGUUGAAGGUUUUCAGGAACUGAUGGGAGGGGAUGCUACGCUUAAGCAUGAUUCAGAGGAAAAUAAAUUAACCUCUCCUCCAAAGUAAAUAAUACAAAAUAUAGCUAGGGGGAUAAUGAUUUAUGAGUUAAACUACACAAAUAUUCCCAGCUCCAUAGCCUUGGGUACUAAUGCACUUUUGUUUUUAAUUUUCAGACAUCUUUGUUGUAGAAAUUAUCUUCUUCUCCUGUAUAUUUUAUAGUUUAAAUUUAUGUAUAUAGAGCUUGAAGGAUGGGAUGAAACUUUCCAUGGAGGAGAUUGAAGUUAUUAUGCCAACAUUUUGUCAUAAAUAUACAUCAGGUUGGCUGAACCUUUUCGUUGUAGUUGUCUUCUCUUGUAUAUGUCCUAGUUUAAGUUUAA